AUGGCCGUAUCUAGAUUGUUUGAUGAGAAACCUAUAUGGUGCAAAAACUCACUUACUGAGCGCCUGCUCGAGAAGGGCUUAAGCUUUUCACAUGGCAUGAUUAGAAGGCUUCUAUCUAGAAUUGCUUACUACUUUUCGAGCGGACCAUUUCUAAGGUUCUGGAUAAAGAAAGGAUACGAUCCACGCAAAGAUCCUGAUUCUCGCAUUUAUCAAAGAAUUGAUUAUCGAGUACCAGUCCCAUUGCGAAGUUACCUUGAUACUCACUUGGCCAAUAAAUUGGAACAUAGAUGGGGGGAUAUAUGCGCCUUCCGUACUUUCCCUUACAAGUUCCAAACAUCUUUACAGCUCUUUGAGCUUGUUGAUGAUUAUAUUCAAGCUGAAAUAAAUAAACCUCCAAUGCAGGGAACUUGCACAUUCGAAUCUGGGUGGUUUUCACCCCGAAAGAUCAAUUGUAUUAGACAACUUCUUAUGAAGGAGUGCAAUAGGAUCACUGUGAAGCUUGAUGGAGUGGAAUCCCAGCAAGCUAAUACAGGCUUGGAAGAAAGUGAAGAGCCUGACAAUAUUGAGGAUGAGGACAGGGAGGCAGCUGAGGCUAAUGAUAGCGACCAGGAGGAAUCGGAAGAAGAACUUGAUCUGAUCGGAGAUACUGAAAUGCCUCUGCCGUCUCCUUCUCGUCUCAAUAUUUCAAUGACCCAUUUACAGGAUCUGUUUGGUAGCUUUCCAUCUGAUGAAAUUGACGGCAACAAAGCGCAGGAAAAUGGUAGUGAUGAAGAAUACCAGAUAUAUGAGGGAGAUAGUGACAACUACUCAGAAGAAUGA